AUGGCCAUUAUCAAUCUCAAUGUGUUGGCUAUGGUAGCACUCUUGGCGAACACGAUGGCCGACGGGCUGAACAUGAACUACUACGUAAUCACGUGCCCGAUUGCCGAUAUCAUCAUAAAGAAUACCGUGCGCACGGCUUUGCUAUCCGACCCGACCCUUUCGGGGCCACUCCUUCGAAUGCAUUUUCACGACUGUUUUGUCGAGGGAUGUGAUGGGUCGAUAUUGAUCGACUCAACUAAAAACAACACGGCAGAAAAAGACUCGCCGGCCAAUCUUAGCUUAAGGGGAUAUGAAAUAAUCGAUGCUGCUAAAGAGGCGCUCGAGAAACAGUGCCCUGGAGUCGUUUCGUGCGCCGAUAUCCUGGCAAUGGCUGCUAGAGAUGCUGUUUUCUUUUCGGGAGGUCCGUAUUAUGAGAUCCCGAAAGGAAGGAAAGACGGUUGGAGAUCGAAGAUUGAGGACACGGUCCGACUUCCACCACCGAACCUCAACAGUACGGAGCUCAUCGACAUGUUUUCGCGGCGCGGAUUUACCGUUCGAGAAAUGGUGGCUUUGUCUGGGGCUCACACCCUUGGGGUGGCUCGGUGCUCGUCGUUUAAGAGCCGACUGAACCAAAAUGCGGACCCCACAUUGGACCCACAGUUUGCAAAGAUACUGGGCGCCACGUGCAGCAAGGGUGACUUGGCGGAGCAGCCCUUGGACUCCACAAGGACGGUCUUCGACGGCGAGUACUACAGGGCACUGCAAAGGGGGGCAGGUGUCCUGUUCUCUGACCAGACGCUGUUUGUGGGCCCCGCCACGCGGGCCUUCGUGAACAGGUACGCCGUGAACCCGGCUAUAUUCUUCUUGGACUUCCAACGGGCCGUGGUGAAGAUGGGGACGUUGGAUGUCAAGGAAGGGCCCAACGGCGAGGUCAGGGACAAUUGCAGACGGGUCAACUAA